AUGGGGAAAUUCACUCAGGAAAAAGUCACUUCCAGCAAUGGAAGAAAAGGCAGUGGUGGAUCCGCUAUCAAGCGUAUGAAAUCUGCUUUAAAAACCGCUGGACUGAUUGGUCCCGAAUCCAAAGUUCGCAAGGUUGGCAAAAAUCAAUCCAAAAAAGCACAAGUAGCUGCCGCGUCGGCUCACCAAAAUGCCAAAACUCUGUUGCGAUCCAUGGCCGCUGCCAGCAAGGAAAGCAAUCCUUUUGAAAUGAAGUUUACCAAGCUAAAGCACGAAGUCAUUGGCAAAAAGACCAAAGGUGUGACAGGCAGGCCAGGCCAAACCAAGAAAAAAUCAGAGGAUAUCCGCCAAAAAACACUGCUGGUUGAAAUGAAAAACAGGAAUAGAGAAUCUGCUUUGGUUGAUCGUCGUAUUGGUGAAAAUGAUCCUAAUAUGUCUGUUGAGGAUAAGAUGCUGGAGCGAUUCAUGCGUGAGAAAACUAAACGAUCUGGAAAUUCUACAAUGUUCAACCUGGAAACCGAGGAACAAGAGCUGACACAUAUGGGUAAAUCACUUUCUUCAUUCGAUGCCUUUGACGACGCUGGGUUUGAAAAGGUGGACGAUUCUGAUGACGAUGGAAAUAUUGAUGCCAAGAUUGUCAAGUACACCCAUUUUGGUGGAUUUGAGGAUGACAAGACAGACCCAGAAGCACGCAAGUCUCGUAGUGAGAUCAUGAAAGAAGUCAUGGCCAAGAGCAAAAUGCACAAGCGAGAAAGACAAAGACAAAAAGAAAUAGAUAUGGAGGUUCAAGACUCUCUUGAUGCAGACUUGGAGGAAAUUCGUGGCAUGCUUGCUCCAAUGCAAGACCGCCCAAUCACAGAAGGAAAAAUGGUGAUUUCCAAUGAGCGUAAAGUGGAAAACGACGUCGAAUUCAACCCUCCGUCGGCAGUAAAACUCGAUGAUGACUACGACAAAUUUGUACGCGAACUGGCGUAUGAUAGACGUGCAAAGCCUACAGAUCGUAUUAAAAACGAAGAUGAGCUGGCGCAGGAGGAAAAGAAAAGGCUGGAAAAGUUGGAGCAGGAGCGUUUGCGUCGUAUGAAGGGUGAUGAUUCAGAAAAUGACACUGCAAAAACAAAAAGUGGCAAGAAGCGUGCUGCUCAAGCUGAUGAUCUUGGUGAUGACGACUAUACUGAACAUGUUGAUAGUACUGUUUCCCGCGAAGCGGAAAUGGCCUUGACAUACAAAAAUGGCGAACUGAUUAAUGAAAAAAUAUUUAUGAGCAAGCGAGCUGAUUCAUCAUCCGAAAGCGAUGAUGAGGACGAUUUGAGCCAAGAUGAGGAUGACGAUGAAGAUGAAGACGAGGAUGAAGACGAGAAUCAAGAUGAAGAUGGCGAUCAAAACAUAACCAAGUUGUCCAAGACUCGAGUGCAAUCCAACAGAGACGCCUCAGUUGAACCAGACAUCAGCAAAGCAUCGGAUACAAUAGCUACUACUGAAGAUCAAGAUAAUGAGCAAGUUCCGUAUGUGCUUGUAGCUCCCGAGUCUAUUGAGGAUUUGCUUACACUACUUGAUGGUAAAUCUGCAACAUACCAGCAGACUGCCAUUAAAAGAUUGCGCAUACUCAAUAACGUUCGACUUGGAUCCGAAUGCAAGCAAAAUCUUUCACGACUUUCUAUGCUUUUACUGGACUACCGUGAUCAUGUUGUUUCGUUAUCUCCACCCAAUAUUGCAUUACUCAAGGUGCUUGAAGGCCAUACUGUAGAACUUGGUCGUCUGUUUAGCGCACAAACGGCAGAAUAUUCGCUUCAGCGCAUUACUGCCAUUCAAGGCGCUUUGGUCAAAUCCAUGUCUGCAGGAUCUAAAAAGCACACUGGAUUUCCCAAUCUUGCAGAUCUUUACUUUUUCCGCAUUGUAGGCGAAGUAUUUUGUACAUCAGACAUGCAACAUACUGUUGUCACACCAACAAUUCUUCUCAUGAGUCAAUUUUUGGGUCAAUGUCCGAUUUCUACUGCUCAAGAUGCCAUGUCUGGUCUAUUCUUGUGUGAAAUCUUUAGCGAGUACUUUGCCUUGUCCAAGCGAUUUGUUCCGGAAGUAGCCAACUUUUUACAUCGACUGUGUGCUUCGUGUCUUGGCGUUAAAGAUGCCAUUAUUUUGAGCAUGAUUCCUUUGCCAUCAAUGAUGAAUUCGAUACUUUCCAUUAAGGAUUUUUCAGCAGAACCUGCCACACUUUGUGUUUCUAGCAUGCCAUUAUUUUCCAAAGCCAAGAAUCUGUCAGAAUCUGUCAAGAUUGCAUUGUUAACAGAGGCUUUUCAUCUUCUUUCUAAAUGCUCGCGGCUUUGGAACGAAACAGGAAGCAGCAUUGAGAUUUUUGCACCAACCAUGCUUCUUUUUGAAAAAAUUCCUAAAGCAGAGCUGGCCGAAAGAUCUCAACAAAUGAUACAUUCUGCUCACAGUAACAUUAAAAGUCAGAUAUUAAGCGCAGGUCUUAAACGCCGACCACUCCAACUUCAAAAGCGCAAAGCGAUUCCUAUUGCAACGUAUGUACCUAGAUUCGAAGAUGGCUAUUCACAUGAUCGCCGAUACGACCCAGAUCGUGAUCGAGCCGAAAGAUCCAAAAUGCAAUCAGAGCUUAAGCAAGAACGGAGGGGAGCUGAGAGAGAGUUGCGAAAGGAUGCAGCAUUUGUUGCCCGACAGCAAUUGCAAGAAAUCAAGGAAAAGGACGCGGCGUAUAAGAAAAAGAUGGACAAGAUUAUGGGACAGUUGGCUAGUCAAGAAGGUGCAAUGCGAGGAGUUGAGCGAGCAAAUAAGAAACCUAGACAAAGACGUUAA